GACGGCAAGCAGGACCGGGAAGACACAAAGCUCCAAAGAUAUGGGAAGGACACCGAGCCCAAGACAGGCCCGACGGGAAAAGGCACGGGCCAUCAGCCCACCCACGAAGCGAAGAGCGAACAGGUUCCCGAGGAAGUGGCUAGUGAGAAAGCAGCUCAUGAGGAUCAUCCGCAGGGAGUGCCAGCGCAACUUCCCAACGAUGCUCCCGUGAAAGAGCCCCAGGAACAAGAAACCCUGAAAGACAACAGUGACGACAGCCCGGACAAGAAGCAACCUCAGGACCAUCAUGCAAAUGAUGGGCACACGUGGCCAGAAUCCUGGUCCAGCUCAACAGCUUGGGACUCUUGCGGUGAUUGGAGUGAUUGGUCUUGGGGUGCUGGUUGGUGGAAGAAGGAUUGGGAUCAUGAGUCAGUGUCCCGGGAGCACCUCCAGUGGCGCAAUCGGUCGGGAAGCCUUGGGUCCUGGUCUGAUGAUUCUCAGCAAUUUUAUGCCCGAGGAUUAUCUCAGGACAGUCUCCAGACACCCACCCCGGCCUACAAGAAAUCGGGCAGCCUGGACUCGGAGCUGGCAGCUGUGUUUAAGCGGUUAGAUACAGUUGACCGACUUGCGGAUCAGGACUUGCCAAAGGCUGCCUUAGACAAAAAGUUUGCCGAGGUUCAGUCGCCGAACAAAGGGGACAUCCCAACACCCACCACGGCCACACCCCAGAACUCUCCGCCCUCUUCCCAGCAGAGCUCACCAAGUACCAAGGCUGAGGAGACCGCAAGCCCAGGCCCGAGUCAAAGCAAAGCCCCCGAGACCAAGAAUACCAUCGCGACACAACAGGAAGAAGACAAGAAUGGACAGACAGACAACAAGCAGGAGACACAAGAUACCAAAGAGGCAAAGGCCGCCGCACAAGUUGAGAAGAAGAAAGCUGCACACGCAAGAUACAUGAGGUAUUGGAGGUCUGUGCAUGGUGGGGGCCCCGAGCUUCUAGGUGCCAAGGGUGGCUACUUCGGCUGCAAUCAGUGGUCCCGGCCUUUCCCAAACUCCACGAAAAACAGUGUGCUCUUCGAAGCUUGGUUGAACUGCGGGGGCAACUGGGAGAAGAGCCAGCUCUACAUCAAUUGCAAGACAAAGAACUCGUCGAAAAAAAAGGGUGUGAGACGCUGGAUGUUUCGAAACGAAAUCGCGACCAAGUUUGGUGCCGAGAAUGUGGAGCCCAUCAUCUUGCGGAAGCUGAAUGAUGAGAAGCUUUGUGCAACGGAAGUCAAGAGGCAUCCGGAUCUUCCUGAUUCAAUCGACUUGAUGCAGUUCCUCAUCUUCGAUUCUGAGGUCGAGAUUGAUCAGGAAGAGGAAGUGAUGGAGAUGCUCUACAAGCUUGCCGAAGCAGACGUCAAGAAGGGAGGCAAAGGUGGGAAGAAGCCGAAAGGCAAAGGUGACCCAAAUGAAGACGAAGCUGCGAAGCAGCAGCUGAAGCAAGCCAUCACAAAAGCCGGGAAGAAGAUUCAGGAGAAGGUGGCCCUCGAUACACUGAGUGCCGAAUUGCUCCGCACUGAGCUUCUGAAGGUCUAUGCUGCCACGGCCCAGCAUCUUCGAGCUGCAGCCGAGAAUGAUCUGAAGGAUGCAGAGCAGAAUCUGAAGAAGUCACGAACCGAGCUCCAGGCGGCCCUGGACACGAAGGAGUCGCACGAUACUUUGACUCGUCUGACCAAGAAUCUGGAGACAUCAGUUUCCGGGUUCGAGCAAGCUGCCAGUGUGAUCAAAGGCCAGGCCAAGCCCAAGGCUAAGGCCGAGGCCAAAUCAAAGACAAAGUGA